AUGCAGCUCCCGGCUCUCUGCUGCGGGGCCUCGCUGCUGCUGCUCGUCCUGCCAUGGGCAGGAGCGCAGCCGGCCGGCGGCGAGCACGGUGCGGAGCUGCGGUCCCUGCAGGACCUCCUGGAGGCGCUGGGGCAGCUCCGGGAGGAGGAAGGGGAACCGGGCCCGGAAGACGAGCCGGUGGCCGGAGCAGAGGACGGCGGCUCCGAGUGGGACCUCCCGGGGGCGCAGAGCGGCCCGCCGGGUGCGCCGCUCCCGGCGCCCAGCCCUCCCCAGCCGGCGGAGGGGCAGAGCCAGUGGAGGAGCCUCCUCUCCUCCUACAGACGGAGGCACUUCUCCGGCUGCUUUGGGACGAGGAUGGAGAGGAUCGGCGCGCAGACGGCGCUGGGAUGCAACCAGUACAAAGCCCGUUUCUGGAGGAGAGGGAGAAGCUGAAGCCGGGACCGGCUCCCAAGCGCUUCCUGAGCCUCCAGGCCGGUGUCCAGCAGCCAGACAGUCAGGCUUCCCCCGGAGCCUCCGCGGCGGCGGGGUAUGGAGCAAUAAACUUUUGUA